GAAGUGUAAAUUCAGCAGACAUGAUGUCACCCUCAGCUUCAAACCAGGAGCUUCUAGGUUUGGCCUGCAAUCAUGAGAAGGAACCUUAUUGUUUACUUGCUUAGCCACUUGCCAGACCACACAGUGCUUGGUUACGAGAUAUAAACAAAGCAGUAGAAAGAGAGAAAGGAAGAAAGAGAAAGAAAGAGCGAAAGACAGUGAGAAGACAUAAGGAGAGAAAGAAAGAGAAAGAGAGAAAAAACAAGAAACAGAAAUCCAAGCAAGUCCUGAGUAUGUUUAAUGUGACUUUCACAACUACGAUGAUCUGAACAAUCAAUACUGGGCAAAAAUACAGAAGAUUUUAGACUGUUCUGAAUGCAGCAUUUGUCCAGCUUGUACAGCAGGCAUGAGCAGUUCCUGUGUGACACUGGACGAGGUCCUGUGGGCAAAAGGAAGCCCUUUGGAGGAAGAAGAAAUAUGGGCACUCUUGUACCUGGCCACAGAGCAGCUUCUGGAGGACCUUCACAAAGAUCCUGCCAUCUGCGUGAUUUGUCCAUGGUCAGUACUACUGUCUGCUGAAGGAAAUCUGUCCUUCCAAAACAAUGGAUCCCAGACAGAAACUGUCCCUUUCAGUGCACCAGAACUGCUUCACAGACAAAGUAAAAAUCAGUGCAUCGGACUAACAAAGAUGUUGGUGUAUUCUUUAGGAAUGACCCUCUAUUGGUCAGCUGACUACCAGGUUCCACCCAACCAGUCCCUCCAGUUGAGUGACCAACUACACACGCUCUUGCUGACACUAUGUGAAGAUCUGCCACAUAAAAGACUUUCUCCAGAAUCAAUUUUGGAAGCAUGUGAGGCACAUCAGAAGGAAUAUGCUUCCUUACCAGCAAAUGUCUACAUCAAGAAAAUGGUCCAGUUUGCUGUGGGAAGUGUCAGUGAGGUGGAGCGGGUAGUCACUGAAGACAGCACAGCCUCUCAGCUUAACAGAAGUCAUGUGAUAAGGAAAAGACUGCAUGAGAAAAUAUUGGACGCUUCACCACUGUCCUCCCAGAUGAAUUUUCAUGAAGACAAAGGGUCCAGAUUAAUGAAUUAUAGCCGGUCAACAGAAGAUUACAGACAACUCUCUGUGGACUACAGUGACUCUAAUAGUAUUUCUGAAAGUACAUCUUUGAUACUCUCUAACCGAGGACACAGGAGAGGCAAAGUUCCACAGACACACAGGUCAAGGGACCCCACCCUCAGUGGGUCAAGGACACAAAGUAGCUACAAGCUCUUCAUAAACAGGUCAGUCAGUGCUGUAGAAGAAAUCCCUGGUGGAACUCAGAAGAGCAGCAGACAGAACUUGCUAAGUUUAGGUUCCACUUUCUCCGUGUCUACAAAGGACUACACAGCAGCAGCUGCAUCGCAGAAAUGUUUGUUCCACAGGAAGGAAAAGUUUUCAGGUCCAGAAUUUAUUAUUUUGUCUAGUGAACCACCAGUGACCUUACAGUUGCCUGGAUCAAUUGUGACUAAAAAAGGGAAAUCCUAUUUGUCCCAAAGGGAUAUCAAUGUGAUUCUACUCAAUGGGCAGUGCCUUGAGGUGCAAUGUGAUAUCAAGUCUAAGGCAAGAGAUGUUUUCAACACCGUGGUGGCAUAUGCAAACUUGGUGGAACAUUUCUACUUCGGCUUGGCUUACCUGAAAGGUAAAGAAUUCUUCUUUUUGGAUGAGGAGACCAAACUCUACAAAGUGGCCCCAGAUGGCUGGAAUGACCAACCCAAGAAGAAGACCUCCAUCAUUAAUUUCACACUCUUUCUAAGGAUAAAAUUCUUUGUCAACCACUUUAAUGUUAUCCAGCACAGCUUGACAAGACAUCAGUUUUACCUGCAGCUUCGUAAAGAUAUUUUGGAGGAGCGAUUAUAUUGCAAUGAUGAGACUGCCCUGAAACUCGGUGCUUUGGCUUUACAGGCAGAGCUUGGCAAUUACGCUUCUGAGAUGCAUGGAAAGAACUAUUUUCGUGUUGAAGACUAUAUUCCAGCAAGCCGAAUAGAGAAAAUGACCCUGGCAUAUGUACAGCGAGAGCUUGCUAAAUUGCAUCAUAGGAAUCAUUCCCUAUUUGAGGAUGAAGCUGAAGUAGAAUUUUUAAAGGUUACUCAGCAACUUCCUGAAUAUGGAGUGUUAUUCUACCGUGUGUUCCAAGAGAAGAAAGUAGCAGGAGGGGACAUCAUCCUGGGAAUCUGUGCCAAAGGCAUCAUUGUGUACGAGGUCAAAAAUCACACAAGAAUUGCCAGUUUAAGAUUCCAGUGGCGUGAAACAGAGAGAAUUUCAGCUCAUAGAAAAAAAUUCAUGAUUGAAAGCAGCUUCAGUGGCAAGAAACACACCUUCAUUACCGACACAGCAAAGACAUGUAAAUAUCUGCUGGACCUCUGCUCUGCACAGCACAAAUUCAAUGCACAGAUGAAUUCUAGGCAACUUCAUCAAACUUCAUCAGAGGACAGUAAAUUUGUGGAAAUAGACAAAUCAAGUUCUGCGUAUGCAGCUCAACGUGAACACCUCGCCCUGAUUCAGAGACUGUCUCGUUCAGAGAAUGUACUCUAUGGAGCAAACCUGGAAAACCUUUCUGCUGGAAUGAUGAGCAAAUCUUGUGACAACCUCAGUGUGGAAACCAACAACAGGACUAGAGACAAACGCAAUCUUGACAGAUCCACAGCAGGGCUAUCCCAGUCAGAAAUGCACAUCAAUUUGAAUGGAAAGCAAAGGAGUUAUGACUACCUCUCUAUUCAUUCAACUCAGAACACAAAUAGUGCACCUGGAUCACCAGCCAUACAAAAGGAAGUUUUGCUAAGUGGUCUAGAAAGAGAAAUCAUUUGUGUCUGCCUAAAACGUGACCCUAAGAAUGGAUUUGGUUUUGUAAUUAUUGGAGGAGAAAAUGUAGGAAAAUUAGACCUCGGUAUCUUUAUCGCUUCAAUUAUCCCUGGGGGACCUGCAGACAGAGCUGGAAAUAUCAAACCAGGAGGACGACUCAUCUCUGUGAAUAAUAUUAGUCUUGAGGGCGUUUCAUUUAAUACUGCAGUUAAAAUCAUACAGAAUUCUCCUGAUGAAGUGGAUCUCAUCAUCUCUCAACCCAAAGAUAUGUAUGAAGAAGGAUUAAUUGAAGAAAAGAAUCUAUCAAGAGGAAACAGCACUAGUGGAUCUGAAGUCUCUUGUGUAGACAAUGGGAGAAAAAAGAUUCAAGACUGUCAUACAGCUCUCUCCAAAGUACAGGACAGGAACACAGAUGAACUUGAGAAGGCUCUUUCCUGGAGUUUAGCACCAAAAUUGGGCCCCAAGACUCCAGCAACUUCAGCUGAUAGCCAGGAUAUGGAGGAAGCUGAUUCUUCACACUUAUCAUCUCCAUCUGAAACCAACUCAAAGGAAAUCUAUGCUGUGGAACUUGUUAAAGAAGAUGGGACUUUUGGAAUCAGUGUGACUGGUGGAAUUAAUACUAGUGUGCGUUACGGUGGGAUAUAUGUGAAGUCAAUCAUUCCCAGGGGACCAGCAGAUAAGGAUGGACAAAUAAAGAUAGGUGAUCGUCUGCUGGAAGUAGAUGGCAUCAGCCUCUGUGGCAUCACGCACAAACAGGCUGUGGAACACCUUAAGAAAUCUGGCCAGAUUGCCAAGCUUGUUCUAGAAAGGGGAAACUACCAACUGACAGAGCCAAGCCUGACUGCUAAUGACAGAAGGGAUGACCAAUGUGCAGUUGUUUCUGUGGCAACAUCCUUCACAGAUGGUACCAAGGACUACUGCUUUUUGACAGAUGAUACGUUUGAAGUCAAAUUGACAAAGAAUUCUGGAGGCCUCGGCUUUAGCGUUCUGCAAAUGGAAGGGGAUGCUUGUGAGCACCUUGGAGGAGCUAUUGUCAGGAUCAAAAGACUGUUCCCAGGGCAGCCAGCGGACGAGAAUGGCAAAAUUGAAGUCGGAGACAUCAUUUUAGCUGUGAAUGGGAAACCACUUCAAGGACUCUUGUAUCAGGAUGUCCUGCACUUAUUGAGAGGAGCUCCUCCAGAAGUCACAUUACUACUCUGCAGACCACCAAAAGGUGUUCUUCCGGAAAUAGAACAGAGUGCCCUGACCUCAUCAUCUCCAGUUAAGGAAUUUGGGGCAGAAAUGCCAGGGAAUACAGAGGUACGAAAUACUAUGGAUCAAUCUACCAGCAAUGGAGGUAGCACCUCUCCAGACCUUGAAGACUACCUGGAUUCUCCAGUAGCAGCAGAUUUUAGUGAGCCUCCUGAAGAUGACAGCUCAACAUACGAAGAGCAGGAAGCUGAGUUUCAAGAGAAGCCCAUGCAUAAACUUAUGGCUCCCAGGGAAAGUAUCUAUAAGCGUCUUUGGAAGUUUCAUCAAGAAGCCACCGGUUCUGAAGCCUUCUAUUCCCUAGAGGAAGAAGUGAAGCAGAACUGCUACUCACCACGUGAAUUUGGAUGGCCCAAAAGCCACAUAUUUAAUAAGAGUGAUGAUGACCUAUCGAACACAAAAUGUAUGCCUGAAACUCUCUCUCUAACUCCUAUUGAUGAAGAGUAUCUCACUAUCAGCUCAACGUCUGUGACCUCACUUUCCCGGGGAGGAAGCUCCGAGACACUCUCCAGAGCCAUGGUGACACCACAACCACGUGUUUGUGGUCCUUUCUCAUCAUCCCUGCCUCCUAGAGAGACACAUGACAGUGACAAUGAAUGGGAAGACUUGGAGGAACCAGAGGAAGAGAAGGAAGAAAAGGAAGAUUGCAUUAGGGAAAUGGAGAUUUUUGUGGCUUUAACAAAGUCACAGAACAAUGGUUAUGGAUUCUCUGUAGUUCUCAACAAAGCUGACAACUGCCUGUAUGUUGAUGAAAUCCUCCAUGAUCCUGCCCUGUCUGAUGGAAGACUAAGAAGAGGAGACAGAAUCAUUAUGGUGAAUGGAAUUGAUGUCACAUCUUUACCAUGCAAUGAAGCCCUGACUUUACUUCAAAGCUCUCCUCCUGAUCUGCACCUUGUGGUUGGUCGUGCUGACAGUGAUCCCUGUCCCUCUAUUAGGCCAGAUGAGAUCCCUGAAAUUACUCUCACAAAAGGUGCCAAUGGACAGCUAGGCUUGAAGCUGACAGGAGGAGCUGGAAGCAAGUUGCAAGGUAUUUAUGUGCUAGAGAUAGUACCUGGCUCUCCUGCCAGUGUGGAAGGCAGUUUGCAGCCACGAGAUCAGAUUGUUUACAUCUGUGGACUGUGGACUGAGGGCAUUAGCCUGGAUGAUGCAGUGAGAGUGUGUGAAUCUGCCACCCAGAAUGUCCAAAUCAAAGCCACAAGAAAUGGCAAUCCAGUGGUUCCUAUAGAGCAGGAAAAUAGGCCACCUGCCGAGACAGUGAAAGCCAAUAUUUCUUUCUCAAAUGAAAACCUGAAUUCCCAGGAACAGCAUCUAUUGGAUCAACCUGAGAAAAAUUUGGAGGAAACAAAUUUUGGCGCUCAGAAAAAUGCUCCUGAUUCUCCUGAGUGCAAGGACUUCAUUAUUAAGAUUGAGCUGGAAAAAGCAGAAAAUGGAAGCCUAGGAUUUGCACUGGUAGGUGGAAGAAAUGGCAGGGCUAUCCUAAUAAAGGCUAUCAGCCCUGACAGCAUUGCAGACCUGGAUGGGAGGCUUCAAGUUGGUGACAUCCUACUUAAGGUGAACGAGACUUUCGUGUCUGGUCUGCCACGACAAACAGUUAUAGAUUUGCUGCGCAAGGCUCAAGGCACUGUUCAACUCACUGUCUGCCGAAGCAUGGCUUUGCAUUGGGCUUAUUCAGGCAGUCAGAGCAAUAACAUACCUUCCCCGCCAAACUCAAAAGCAGAACCUGAUAGUGCUGAGGGAAGCCUGCGAGCUCCGCUUGUUUUCACUUUCACGGAAGAAGAAGAAUCCAGCCAGAUGUGCACCAAGGAUCCAGAAAAUACACACAAUUCCCCUCUGCAAGGUGUGAUGGCUGGAAGAGAAUAUAUCAUUAGUGACAUUUCAGACAGAUCACAGAAAUAUGCAGAAAGUGAAGGCUGUAGAAGAGGGAGUCAGCAGUCUGAGCCAGACAGCUGCAAGAAUGAAGACGAUGAUUUGCCCUGCAGGAUUUCCGCUCUACCUAGAAGCAGUACCUUUGCCUCUGGAGAUGAACUGACUCAGUUAAUUACCUUUAAACCAUCACUGACUGGAGCAGGUCCAAGGACUGGCAUCACAGGUCUUAUUCGAGGCCUUCAGUUGCGAAUUGAGAGUCAAGAGGUGUUAAAGGAGUUUAUGGCUUUAGAACAUAUGCAACCAACAGAUGACUGUAGAACUGGCAAAGCACCAGAAAACCAGGAUAAAAACAGAUACCAAGAUAUUCUUCCAUAUGAUAAGACACGUGUUCCUCUCGGAGAAAAGAAGGGCUACAUUAAUGCAAGUUACAUUAGAAUGAAAGUUGGAGAAGAGGAACAUUUCUAUAUUACAACCCAAGGGCCUCUGCCAUCCACUAUGGCUGAUUUCUGGCAAAUGGUUUGGGAGAGUCAAUCAGAUGUGAUUGCCAUGAUGACAAAAGAAGUGGAGCUAGGGCAAGUCAAAUGUCAUCGAUACUGGCCUGAACCCCCCCAUGACUCUAUAGACCUGGCUGGUUUCCAUCUCAGUCUAGACAGUUACCAGAUUCUGGACUACUUCAUAAUUAGAACAAUAGAAAUGGUCAACAAGCUGACAGAAGAGAAGCGCAUUAUAAGUCAUUUGCAGUUUAUCACUUGGCCGGACCACAAUACUCCCAGACUGGCUGAGCAGCUUGUAAAAUUUAUUUGUUACAUGAGAAAAGCUCACAGUACAGGACCUAUUGUUGCUCACUGCAACACUGGCAUUGGACGAAGUGGAGUUUUGCUAUGUGUUGAAGUUCUGCUCAGCUACAUAGAAAAAAAUCUAUGUUUCAACAUCAAGCAGAUAGUGAGAGAUUUGAGACACCAGCGUUUUGGCAUGAUCCAAACUAAGGAUGAGUAUUUAUUCUGUUAUGAAGUUGUGCUGGAAGUCCUUCAGAACCUUCAAGCAAUGGAUUCCUACUGACCGCAAUAUGAUUCUUCCCUGUUGCUAUUCCCCUUGGACUCCAGGGACCACUCAGCAGUCGCUUUAAAGAGAUGUCAAGCCAGUAAAGACAAGUGUUGUAUUACAUGCUUUGUUAGAUUACCCUAAUUUCUAAGUCAUUUCAAGACCUUGCUUAACAUGUCCUGGGUAAGUAAUUUCAAUUUUGGCUCACAAUUUGGAGAAACAGCCAGCCAGCUCUGCAACACUGCUGAUAAAUUGCCAUGGACAAUUUCUGUGUUCUGAUUAAUAACAUAUUGAUUGUUACAAAAAUAUUUUGGGACAGUGACAAGGAGAUAGCAGCCUUUGGAAUUAGCUUUACUUUCCAGAGGGAAGCUAUAAAGACGUAAAAUAUACUGGGUUUGAGGGAGAUUAGUUGUCUCUUACACAUUGUUGUGCACUACUGGCUUCUGGACUGCAAAUGAGUAUUUUCUACAGAGGUGACACUUUUGUGUGGAAGGAGUUUACUUUUGGUUGCUUGAACAAUGUAGAGUAAUUUCCAGUCAUCGCUCCAGCCCAGGAACUUAUACCACUGUCACUAGACAUCUUAAAUCAAGAAACUGACAGAAAAAUAGGAUGCCUUUAAACCCUAGUUGGUUGUCUUCAAAGCAAGAAGAGUGUUCUAAUAAUUGAAUGGAAUAUUACUUUUUCCCAGCAAUAUGAAUAGCUGUAGAUAGCAUCAGUGUUCUUUCAUUCUGCAUCCAUGUAAAAAGGAAUGCAAUACUUAGCCAGAUGAAAGUACAGUGUGUGCAUUGUGGCACAUAUAUACAUUUAAUCUUCCCCUGAUCCUUUCCAUGACUAUCUUGUAAUUUUUAUCUAGAAUCUGAAUCAAUCUAUGGGAAGCCCCACUAGUUUCUGUAGGGGCUGAAUCAGAUCUUUAAAUUGGAAGAAAUAACUCUCUGUACAGUUUACUUCUCUUGCAAAAAAAGUUUUUGCUAGUGUGAGUUUGAGUGGAUUUGAGCAGAUUUCUGUUCAAGUUUGUAAGAUUGUACUUGUUUCUAUAGUACCACUUCUAAGUCCUUUAACUAGAAGGUGAUAUAUAUGGAAGUGAAGUUCUUAGAUGUGCAUUGAAAGAGUAAAUUUUAAACACACGAAAUUAUAACAGCAUUUAUUUAAUUGAAUUGUACAUAUUUUUAAAUCUUCUUUGAUUUCAGGAAAGGAGAAAAUAUUGAGACACUUGGAUAUAAAACUACAGUAGAAACAAGAAUAAAAUAGCUGUUUAUUUUCCGUAUGAAUUAGAGGUUUAUGAUUCAGAAAUAAUGAGGGAUUAAAUACAAGUUAAAAAUAUGACUUUUAGAAAAAGCCACUGUCAUAUAAUUACAAUUAAGGCCAAGGCCCUUUUCUCUUAUGACCUCAGAUAAUCUGCUGCAAGUCAGGAAAAGAUGGAAAUGAAAUGUAUUAUGUGAGCCAGAUGCUAAUUUAAAACAUAUUUAUAAAGAUCCAGAGUAACCCUAAAUUAGUGGAGUAACCCUGGACUUAUAUUGAUAUAAACAUAAACAGAACUCAAUGUUUUGUCUUAAAUUCAUUGAAUUUGAGCCUUCCCAGAAGCAUCACUCUCCAUCUAUUCUGCAUUUACUAUCUCUAUGUUGGAUAUAAAGAACUAUUUGUACAGUUUGUCAAGUGUCAUCAGCCAAAUUUUUAUUCAUAACUUUUUUUAACCUUCAUUUGAUAUUUGGCCUUUUACUUUGAUUUUAAUUAUGACUAUGCAAUGAAUGCAUUACACUGCACACGAAUGCACAAUUCACUUUUUGUAUCACAAAAACUUUACAAAUCUUCUCAAUGAAAAGAUUCCGGUAUUUUACACAAAGGUGUUUUUUUCUGUGGUUUAGAACAAGAAUUCUGGAUUUAGAAGAUAAUCUUUAUGGCAUUAUUUGUUCCUCCUCAUUUAUGCAACAUCUUUGUUCAACAGAAGUGUUUGCUGUUUGACAGAAUUUUUUCCUGGUUUACAGGGAUAGUAAAAAAAUUUCUGAAAACACUGAAUUGCGUUUCAGGUCAAUUUUUUUAUAUGAAAAUGCAGCUGUGCUACUUAACUACUAACCAGUAAGAGUGAUGGGAAAAAUAAUCUGUUAUUAAUUUGGGCUUAUAUUUAAACUUCCUUUAGAGGAGAGAUUUUGUGAUGACAGUACCUUUUGUACAUUCUCUCAAAGCAGGUGUUACUGAACUCUGAGACGUUGUACCAUAUGCCAUGUUCUUAUCCUCUAGGAAUACAGUAACUGAACACUUCUAAGAUCCCCAUAAUGACACCCUCGCUCAGACUGAACUUUGUUUUGGAUGACACACUUUUACACAGAUCCAGUCUCUAAUGCUGCUAGCAGUAUAAAACAAAACAGAACUGUCCUUCCAGAUAUUUUGUAAUCUGCUAAAUAACAAACAACCAUUUAUCCACAGAAAAUUUCAAAGUCUCUCAAACCAACUUUGUGCAGAGCCAGGUAGAUGGAAUUUACUGCAUGCUGGGUGGCAGGGCUGCAUCUGUCACAGUCCCAGAGCACGUCUCUCAAUCCACAACCUGACAUUUUAAGAAAAACGCAGGCUUGCAAGGUUUCUGCAGGUGCUUGAAGCUAAAGGCUGGUCACCUCAGUACUAGUGCUGCUCAGUGAGCUCCGCUGCUGUUAGUCAUUGUAUACAGCAGAUAAAUUCUGAGGAGGAGAGAGCUGAAAUGAUAGGCACAGCUUCUUCCAACAACAGAUACCAUGUUUGGAGAAAUAAACAAUGAGCCAUCACCAGAAAGUGCUUAGCAGGUAUGACUGUUCUAUAUGCUGUCUUGGAGAUGCUGAAGAACCACCUAUUCUCAGCUUCCCCUCUAAAGACAGGAUUCAGGGAUUCAACUUUGAGCUCUGCUGCAGGCGUCCUGAAUAAGCCAAACCAUUCAUACAGGAUUUUCUGCACCUCACAGGUUUCUUCUUUUACACUGCACUGCUGGAGUAGACUUGUAUCCUUCACAGAUGGGGCAACUGAGCUAAAAGCGUAGCUAAACUACACGUCAAGGUCUAUAGAGUUUUUGGAAAACUUGGGAACUAAUGCCAGAUGAUAUAAGCUCUGAUAAUGUGCUUUCACACAGAAGUGUCUUUCCUCAGUCAGAAAAUAGGAUCGUACUGCUCUGGCCCAUUUCUAAUGUGAAAUUAUUUAGCAUAUAAAGUGAUCUGACUGGAACUUGCACACAUCCUAGCAUGCCAGAUGUGUAUUAUGGUACAGAACAUAAGGCUCUGUGCCUAUAGUCACACUGCUUGCUUCAGAAGUGGCACUGAGAACACUGUUUGUACUUCUAAAUUGUGUUACUCUACCACCUGGUCACCGAUCAGAACAAGCUGCUGCACUAAUGCAAAAAAACCCCAGGAAUUAAUUUGAGGCAGUGCCUGCCAUAACAAGCACUCCAAAUACACACAUCCGCUAGUCCUCAGAUUCAUACUGAAGCACAAAACCUUGUCAGUGCUACUCUGUCCUCAAACAGCAGCUCUGUCCACGGAACAGCACGUCUUGUCAUCAUACCCCGUGGAAGCAACUAUUUUACUGGCAUUGAGACUGCUGCUAAGUUUUUCACACCUAACAUUUAUCUCCAUUUAAAAGUGAGUACAGCAAGAACAACCAUCUCAUAGCUAUUAAGAUACAAAAUCACAAGUGAAUAGUGGGGAAUGUCUACAUCUUCAACAUAAUCAUUCAGUUCCAUGAACUCAGGAGGGUUGGUGGCUCCAGGUAUUCUGAUUCCCCAUUUGCAGAUGUAAGAUAUCUUAAAAUAUCUGCAUAUACCAAAAUGGGUGCUACUGGCUACAAGUACAUUGCCAAGUUUGAAUGAUUGGCUUCUUAAAGUACCAACUUGUAAUUUUACAACUUGCACUAAUAUAACCAGGCUUCCUUUUAAUUUUCUUAGAACGCCUGAAAGAUGAGUCAGUAAGUGUUCUAUAACUGUCUCUUUGUUUGGAGUUGAUGGUCUUACUGACCAGCAGAAUCUUCUGUGAUUGAACAAUUGCAGUAAAUGCAAAUGCCACUAAUAUUGCAAAAGAACAGCUAAUACUGCCACCUAUGGGCAAAUCGCUACUGCGGCAGCAUUCAUCACGAUUAAUCACUCGUGCCAUUGGCACAGAACCACUGUAUCAACUUUCACUGAGGUUCACUCAAAAGCGUUACUAAGACGGGCUUGGCAGAAUGCAGCACUCUUGCUCCAGCCUGGCAAGUGCCUGCCUGGCCAGGCAGGAGCUGCAUGCUGCUGACAACUAUGUAGUCAUAGUGCUGUGGGUCCUACAGAUCCUUAAACUAAGGAUAAUUAAGUACUCAUCUCGUCUCAGGAAAGGGUAUCUAGAAGUUUGACGGGAUCUGUGCAAAUCUGUUGAGAGCCUAACCUAUGGAUAAACUUGGUCUUGACCUUAAACCAUGGGUGCUCUUGGAAAGAAGCACUUUCUGGUUUUCAUUUACUGAAAAUUGUGAGUAACAGGAAAUCCUCCUGCAGUUUUACAAGAACUGGUUUUGUGAAACACUGUGAGGAGCUGAAUCCAGUUGGGUUGGGGUAUGUUUAGUCCAAGAUAAUCGCUGUGAACUGUUUUCUUUUGUCAAGUAUGUUGCAAAUGAGGACUGGAGAUCAUGUCACAUAUCUCAGUGCAACGAUCCUGACCUUUGCACGUUGAGGAAUAUGAUCCAGAUAACAGUUAACCUGGGUAGGCCCAAGCAUGUGCUGUGCUGCACAUAGAGCUUAGCCUUUAGGCCUGUGUUGUGCUGUGAAUUCCUCUUAGCCGCAGGAUAGAUGUACGUAGUUGAUUGUAUCAGAGAGCCUGUAGGCAGCUCCCACUUGGUACUGCUAAAUAUGCCAUCUGUGAGUCCUUGCCCUUACCUAAAAGUGCAGCAAGAAGUUCUCAUGUGAACCUUCUUUCUGUUGGACAUAGAAAUGCCAAAUGCAGUUGGUUUUUUUUGUGAGAAAAUCCUAUAAUAAUUCAAAUUACCAAAACAGGGUAACCCUUCCACAGACAGGGUCUGCAUGGUGUGCUGUGCCUGAGUUAGAUGCCUGUUUGGUACUACAGUACUUGGAGUUCCUGACAUAAGUUUGUCUAUAUUAUACUCUCUUCCUUCACAGGAUAUUUGACAUAGUCUGAGUGCCUUUCUUACAUCACCUCCAGGUACUGAGUUACAAGGGAAGAACAAUGGUAUUUCUCACAGUUGUUAAAUCACAAAGCUGGGCUCAACAUGAAGGCUGCCUGCCUAAUGCUUGCAAAGAUCACUGAAUAUUACUGUAAUAUUACAAAAAACAGAUUCCAGCUGAGAUUUCUACACUGAAAAGAGCUCACCCUUGCAGGCAAAGCAGGCUGAGGGUGACAGUCCACUAUUAGAUUGAUCUUUUAAAUAUGCAGUAAUGUGUGUGAUGGAAAGACACAGAACUUAAAAAGAUAUAUGUAAAAAUAAAGUGUGAUUUGCAUAUAAUCUUGCAUUAAUGUAACCGUAAGUUUAGAAAUAAGCUUGUGAAACCAGAAGAGUGUUCCGUAGUAUGGUGUGAUUUCUCUUGUCUUUGUCCUUUACUUAACGCACACCAGGAAUAACAGGACCUUAUACUUCAUUCAUGCUUCUCCAUACCCACUAGCAUGGAACAAUUAACACUGAAACACAGAAC